AUGGGGCACCGGGCCAUUUUUGGUGCUGUUGUACACGUUGAUCUACAGUAUCCCAGUCUCCUCCUCCUCCUCCCGCGUCUCCCUCCAAUCCCCAAUCAACAGGCCCUCUACGAGAAGAAGCAAUUUGAUGAUCUUUCCGCCAAAUACCUGACUCCCGACGAUUUCGAGCUGGCCGCCAAACAACCCGUGGCCCGCCCUACCCCUGCCGAACUCGACGCCGUCCAGAAUUCGGCGCUUUUCGAGGGUGAUAUCCAGGGUAUCCCCCCAGAUGCCACCCCAUCCCUCAACCAUCGACUACGCGACGAGCCGAUCCCCGGCGAGUGGGACGAGCUGUUCAAGCGUCCGCUAAAUUCCGCGCUGAACCUCGCCACGUAUCCGGACAAGCUGUGGCCAGAGGGCGUCGUUCCCUACAUGCUCGAGGAGGGCAUGACCGCACAACAACGCGCCGCCAUCGCGCAGGCGUUCGACGAGUACAAGCAGAAGACGUGCAUCCGCUUUGUCCCGCGCGGCGACGACGACUUUGACUACAUCUACGUGAAGAGGAACGUCGCCUUCGGAUGCUCAUCGUACGUCGGCCGUGCUGGCGGGAAUCAGACCGUAUCUCUCGAGGUCGACAAAUGCUUCAGCAAGGGCAUCAUCGCACACGAGCUGAUGCACGCGAUCGGCUUCUUCCACGAACAUUCACGCACCGAUCGCGACAAUUACGUCGACAUUGUCGAGGAACACAUUAGGCCCGGGAUGAUGCGCAACUUUGAGAAGUACCCCCAGAAGAUUAUCGACCCGCUCGGCAUGCCGUACGACUACGACUCGGUGAUGCACUACCAUAAGCUGGCCUUUUCGAAGAAUGGCAAGUCGACGAUCGUGCCGAAGGAGGGUGGGGCGGAGAUUGGGCAGAGAUAUAAGCUCAGUCUUAUCGAUGCGCAGAAGGUGAACAAACUGUACAAAUGCGGGGAUUAUGCGUCGACGACCACGACCACCACGACGACACAGCCCACCUUGACGACGACGACGACCGGCAACAAGGUGAUCGAGGAUCGAACCCCGUCCACGACCACGCAAAAGCCCCGCCCCAAAUCUACAACUGGCGCCCCAGGAGCACGCAAAGGAAAAUGCGAGGAUCUGAAUGCCCACUGUACAAUGUGGGAACAGCUUGGCCAUUGUGAACACUCGCUGAAAUACAUGUCGCACUACUGUAGAAAGGCAUGCGGAUUCUGCGAUGAUGAGGAUCAGAUUGAGGAAGAGCUGCGAAAGGAGAAGGAGGAACGAGAGAGGGAGAGAGUCGAGGAGAGGAGAGAGAAAGAGAGACGCGAGAAGGAGGAAAGGGGGAGAUGGUCAACAACAAGGAGGCCAGAGCCCAAGGAGAAGGAGAAGGAAAAGCCACGUGGAAAGAAGGGCGAGGUGUGCGAGGACAAGAACCUCUUCUGCUCCUACUGGGCCAAGAUUGGAGAGUGCAAUAGCGAGAGCAAAUUUAUGAAGGUUUUCUGCAAGGCGAGCUGCGGCAAAUGC